AUGGGAAGAAAACGUGGCUCCGGACAUCGUGGAGCUGGGGCUGGUGGAGGAAAAGACAAGCGCCGACAGGGGCAACUUGACAAGAUGGAACGAUUUACUAGCGACAUGAAUUCUGCAUUGGAUGGUUCUGUUGAAGAUGAAGCAGGUGCUUGCGGCGGUGAUGAUGUCAAAUUUCCAUGUCCUCUUGCUAUGUGGGAUUUAGGACAAUGUGACCCAAAGAAAUGCACAGGGCGUAAAUUAUGUAGAAUGGGGUAUGUCCGCCCCCUCAGAUUGUCGCAGAGAUUUGGUGGUAUCAUAUUAUCGCCUGUCGGCACAAGAUGUGUUUCACCAGAAGACAGAGAGAUCGUGGCUGAACAUGGUAUUGCGGUUGUAGAUUGUUCAUGGAAUAAAUUAGAAGAAACGCCUUUCCACAAAAUGAAAGGUUCUCACUUGAGGCUCUUACCAUACUUACUAGCAGCAAAUCCAAUCAAUUAUGGCAGGCCAUGUAAGCUGUCUUGUGUUGAAGCAUUUGCCGCCAUAUUCUAUAUUGUUGGAUAUGAGGGAGUUGGAGAGCAUCUAUUGAGUAAAUUUAGGUGGGGUGGAGGAUUCCACGACAUCAAUGCAGUGCCAUUACAACUAUAUGCUCAGUGCAAAACAGGAUCUGAAGUGGUUGAAGCGCAACAGAAAUGGAUUGAACAGUGUAAAACACCGUUCAGUGCAGAAUCUGCUUAUUUCAGAGAGAUCGUGGCUGAGCAUGGUAUUGCGGUUGUAGAUUGUUCAUGGAAUAAAUUAGAAGAAACGCCUUUCCACAAAAUGAAAGGUUCUCACUUGAGGCUCUUACCAUACUUACUAGCAGCAAAUCCAAUCAAUUAUGGCAGGCCAUGUAAGCUGUCUUGUGUUGAAGCAUUUGCCGCCAUAUUCUAUAUUGUUG